CGCAGACGCGAUUUGAACCUUUUUUGUUUUCCUUCUUUCUGUCCCACCCUCGGUGGGAGACCUCGGCACGUUGCUGCUGCUGCUGCUGCUGUGCACCCAUCUGCGACAGUCGGCGUUGUUUUUUCUGUGCGACGGUAGUCGGACCGUCUCGAGAAAUGGGUUGCAGCAGUCUGAGCCUAGAAAAGCAUCCCAUGCCUUGUUCCGGUUUGAAUGGGGAUCAAUUAUCGCGCGCGAGAUAUGCAUUGCAAUGCGAGAAGCAUGCAGGUGACCCUGGCUGAGUAUGCUCAUCAAUUCGUCUCUCUGUCUGUACGAAGGCGUGGGUUAUCCAAUGCUGCGCUGUGCGGCCCAGGCCACCACCGGAUGUCUGCCACGUCUGCAAACAGUAAACAUGCACCCAAUGUCUACACAUGCCGCCCAAAGCAAGCGCGGAAUUCCGGUGAGUGCCCUCGCGGUAGGAGAUGAUGCGAUGUGCGGUGUGCCAGCGCGGGUGAGUGCGUCGUCUUUUGGGGGUGGAGUGGUUGGAGAACGAGUGCCGAGCCACAUGUCACGGGCCAGGCGGCCAUCUCCACUAACUACAGUACCCCAAUCAAUCAAUCUCCCUUGGGGCACAUCACUGCCAACCGCCAUGCCUCAUCCCGAUGCCCUACCGACUCUUCAGUCCUUCCGAAAACAACAGCUUCUCGUGGAAUUCUCUGGCCUUCGCCAUGCAUCGCUUGAUGGCGUCUUUGUGAGCAUCACGCCUGGCGAUCCUUCCCUGUGGGUUGGUGUCAUCUUUGUGCGAAAAGGUCCAUAUGCUCCCGCCGUGUUGCGCUUCCAAAUCUCCUUCCCGCCCAACUACCCGGCUUUACCCCCUCUCGUGACUUUUUCCACCGAUGUCUUCCACCCACUGCUUACCCCUCUCACCACCUACACAUAUACGACCGGAUCUACCGAUGCCGGCACUGUAAGCGCCACGGAUGAUGAGCGCCUUCCUCCGGGCGGCUUUAGUCUUCGGCACGGCUUCCCACAGUGGUUCGGUCGUGCGCGACAGUCGGCGGCGAGCUCUCGCAACGUGAGUGGGUCAGGCGCCGACAGCACACCUCCGAGCAUCACUCACUUGCCGCCCGAUCUUAAGGAGAACCCGUUCAGGCCGGUCCCUAGUGAUGACGGGGCCGGGAAGCCAAUUUCAAUCGUUCGUGUUAUUGAUUACGUCCGUACCACCUUCAGCGACGAGCAUGUUCUGGACUCAAUUCCUCUGGAAGCCGCAGCACACCCAUCAGCAUACCACGCAUGGCAAGCAUACCGUGCGGCAACUCUCCAGCGCCAACAGCCAUCGCCCAAGUCUCCCACGUCAGAGUCGCAGGUCAACUCGAACGAGCCCAACCGACAGGUUGAACAUUCUACGUUGGGCAGAAACCGCCGGCCGGGAGAAUGGAAUUGGGAAGGCGUAUGGGAAGAACGAGUUAGGAAAGCCGUGAAAUCCAGUCUGUCCGAGCCUGUCUUGUUUGGAGGAGCAUCUGGAGAAGACAUCAUUCGAUUUCGAAAUGUGGACGAAGACAACAUGGAACGGAUGAAAGACCACCUAGAUACCAUCGCCUCGAGGAGCGCAACCGUGUAG